AUGUCUGAUUAUUAUUCAUAGAAAGGUAUAAAUUGUCACUCAAAAUUAUUUAAAAGCAAUUACUUUAAUCGCCUUGAACCAUUGAUAUUGCUAUUUAAAUUAACUCUGAUAAUCCUGAUCAUUAUAACGAAAAAGGCAUCAAUUAUAUUUAUAUAUUAUUUAAUAGCUUUUGCUCUAGAAGAUCUAAAUAGAAUUGAUGAGGCAAUAAUAUAUUUUGAAAAAGCGAUAAAAAAAGCCCCAGAAAAUUCGGAAUUUUUCAGUAACAAAGCAAGUGCUUUAAUUUUAAAUUGA